UCGUUCACAUUUUGAAUAAAGGAAGAUCCCACAGUGCCACCAUGGCAGACGUUCAUGAGACCAGGAGAGGCCUGCAGACUCAGAUCUCCAUCAUGGAUGCGACUCUGCAAGGGUUUGAUCCUGCGACUCCCAGAGCUCUGCUGGUGGCCUGUGUCACUCUGCUCUUCUCCCUCCACCUGUGUCGGUGGCUCCGGCAGCGGUCAGCGCUCUGUCCUCCCGGUCCUCUCGCCUGGCCAGUCGUCGGAAACGCUCCGCAACUUGGCAACACACCGCACUUGUACUUUACGCGCAUGGCGAAAAAAUACGGCAACGUCUUCCAGAUCAAACUGGGCAGUCGGGCCGUGGUGGUGCUGAACGGAGACUCCAUUAAACAGGCGCUGAUCAAGCAGGGAGCAGAGUUUGCUGGUAGACCGGACUUCACCUCCUUCCAGUUCAUCUCCAACGGGGACAGUCUCGCGUUUGGCACCAGCACGGACUGGUGGAAGGUGCACCGCAGGGUGGCCCACUCCACCGUGCGCAUGUUUUCCACCGGGAACCCGGACACCAAGAAAACUUUUGAGCAUCAUGUCCUCUGCGAGAUCAGAGAGCUGCUGGCGCUGUUUGUGAGGAAGACGCGGGAGCAGCAGUACUUCCAGCCCAUGACCUACAUGGUGGUGUCCACGGCCAACAUCAUGAGCGCGCUGUGCUUUGGGAAGAGGUACUCUUAUGAGGACGAGGAGUUUCGGCAGAUAGUGGGCAGGAACGACCAGUUCACGCAGACUGUGGGGGCUGGGAGCAUCGUGGACGUGAUGCCCUGGCUCCAGUACUUCCCCAACCCCAUCAAAACCAUCUUUGAAAACUUCAAGAGGCUCAACCUGGAGUUUGGGAUGUUCAUUCAAGAUAAAGUCAUUCAACACAGAAAAACAAUCCAGUCGAGCACCAUCAGAGACAUGACGGAUGCUUUAAUAGUGGCGCUGGACCAGCUGAGAGAUAAAUCAGGGCGUUCAUCUGUGAAGGACUACGUGCCUCCUACAGUUGGGGAUAUAUUUGGAGCAAGUCAAGACACACUGUCAACAGCCCAGCAGUGGAUCGUCCUCAUUCUGGUCAAGUAUCCUGAGAUCCAGGUCCGUCUGCAGCAGGAGGUGGAUAAAGUGGUGGACCACAGCCGUGUCCCCUCCAUCGAGGACCAGGCUGCGCUGCCCUACGUCAUGGCCUUCAUCUACGAGGUGAUGCGCUUCACCAGCUUCGUCCCCCUCACCAUCCCCCACUCCACCACCACAGACACGUCCAUCAUGGACUACGUCAUACCGAAGAACACAGUCGUCUUCAUCAACCAGUGGUCUGUCAACCACGACCCGACCUUUUGGCCACACCCAGAGACCUUUGACCCUGAGCGUUUCCUGGACCAGGGAGGUGCUCUGAACAAGGACCUGACCAGCAGGGUGCUGAUCUUCUCUCUGGGUAAGCGGCGGUGCAUCGGAGAGGAGCUGUCCAAGCUGCACCUGUUCCUCUUCACAGCCCUCAUAGCACACCAGUGCAGCAUCACUGCAGACCCGGCCAGGCUGCCCAAACUGGACUACAACUACGGCCUGACUCUCAAACCUCAUGUCUAUUCUAUAGCAGUGACUCUGCGUGAAGAUAUCACGCUCCUGGAUGCUGCUACCGGUCAGUCGUUCUCUGAAGAGGUGAUGGAUGAGCGCUCGUUCGACUCACAAACAAAAGAAUAGAUAAACUCAAAGCUAUAGUAAGCAAAAAAAAAAUGAAGGCUGAAACAGAAAAACUGUGGAACUCUGAGUCAUGUUUGUGGCUGAAAACUUUAUUUAUAACCUGAAAUCUCAGGCUAAAAUUGUAUCUUGUACGUAUUGUGAUAAACAGUUGCAAUUCCGGACCUAUUUCUAACUGAAACAUGUGAAUUCUCUUUCACUAUGUGUUCGCAGCACAGCAGCUCACUGAGGUUGAAUCUUUAGCUUCCAACAUACCACAUAACAAUUUAUUAUCUUCUUCUUUAGAUUCAUCAAGGUGGAGGACCGUAGUUAGCUGCUCACAUAUCCUUGUGAUUUUUGUAUGAAUGCUUCUGCUGCAACAGUUUAUUGAAAAGUAGAAACUAUCCAGGAACACCGUAGUGUUUUCUAGUCACAGUUCCUAAUAGAUGGAAAUAUCAACUUGUCAGGAAUCUCUUAAAUUCGUUUUAUUCAUGUUUUUACCCAAUAACGGGAUUCAAACCUUUUCUGAUGACAGAAAAUUUCUUAAAACAUAUAACAAUAUGUUACAUUUGAAGGUAAAGACAAAAAAACUGGAGAUUUUUACAUGACGAAAGUAAUGUGCCAAGGUCAGACUCUUGACCAAUGAACCGGUGAAUAAGCUCAUGGUCAGUUUUUAAGUCUCAUGUCUAAGUGAGGCUUCAAAGCAUAAAAUGCUUAGUACUAAUGUGUACUUUUUCAUGUAAAGUAUAAAAGUGUAGUUACUCAGGAAUAAGGCUUAAAAAAGCCUAUAACUAUUAGAACUAGAAUGCUUCUGAAAGUCUUCUAAUAUAUUCUGAAACCUGCUGUAGAUGGAACAUAGGGCAUACAGGGUAAACCAAGCAGAGCUGUCCACUGCUGUCCGUAUGACAAGACGAAUGUCAGAUCAGUGUUAUUUAGCCAUUUAUUCCUCUUUUUUUCACUUUGAAUGUUGUUAACCUCCAAGGAAGCCCCAUUACCCCAUCUGUUAAUUUUCAUUGCCAAUAACCAGAUUAUUUCUUCUUUCUUUUGUCUUUUAAAGUUUAUUUUAUCUACAAAAACAUUAAUGCUGUCAGAUUUAGGGUUGGGUCACUGGGGCAAAUCUGUAUUGUGUUUGUGGACUCGUCUAACUGCUGCCUCAGCAUGAGAGACUAAUGUACUGACUGUAAAGUCUUGGAUUUGUUGGAUUCCCGCUAAAGCAUUUUGGAAUAAUCUAAAUCAGGCUAAUCUUUGAAAUAAUAGGCGACUUCAAGAAAGUGUUAACAGAUCUGGUAGAAGGUAUUUGUCUCAGAGAAUCCCAGUGUCUGGAAGUAAAAAGCAGGAACAUUCAGUGAGAUCAGAGAAGCAUUGCAUGAGCCAUGUUCCAUGAGCCCUUUUUCCAAACUAAAAACUAAACAAAUGUUAACUUUCACAUGCUGAUUUUGUCAUAGUUUAAAUGGACAUAGUGAAGACUAAAGUUACUAUUGAAAUAACAUCCUGCAGAACGGUGGCUCACAUCAUAUCCUAAAAUACAUAAUACAGUUCAUGAAAUACCUUUAUUACAUACAAUAAUGUGGCGUACGGUAAGAGUGGGGCUAAAUAUCAAUACAGCAACAGACCAUAACGCUUAAUCAAUGCACUGCUGCCAGAUCAGAGCGCUAAUUCAUCGAACUGACAUGCCAUGUUGCCAUGAAAUUUAACAUUCAUGACAACACACAUAAUUCCACAGCGCAGUUACUAAAAAGACGAUUUCUGCUUUUUGCCUCUUUAUGGGAUAUCUUUUCUUCUCAAUUUACAGACAUUGUGAUUUAUUAUAAAUUAUUGUCUUGUAAUGUACCGAGUAUUGCAGAAUCUCUGUUUUGUAAUAUUGUGUUGUCUAUACACACUAUUAGUCAAAAGUUUGGACACACCUUCUCAUUCAGUGGUUUUUAUUUAUUUUAAACAUUGCAGAUUAAUACUGAAGACACCAAAACUAUAAAAGAUCACAUGUGGAAUUAUGUUGUAAACAAAAAAAAUGCUAAUCGUUAGUAUUGAUCUACAAUGCAGAAAAUAAUACAAAUAAAUAAAAAGCAUUGAAUGAGAAGUUGUCUCCAAACUUUCGACUACCGUUCACAAGUCUGGGGUUACUAAGAAAUGUCCUUAUUGCGGAAAGAGAAGCAUUUUUUUUUUCAGUGAAGAUAACAUUAAAUUAAUCAGAAAUACAGUCUAGACAUUUUUAUGUGGUAAAUGACUAUUCUAGCUGGAAACAGCUGCUUUUUAAUGGAAUAUCUCCAUAGGGGUACAGAGGAACAUUUCCAGCAACCAUCACUCCUGUGUUCUAAUGCUACAUUGUGUUAGUUAAUGGUGUUGAAAGGCUAACUGAUGAUUAGAAAACCCUUGUGCAAUUAUACUAGCCCAUGAAUAAAAGUGUGAGUUUUCAUGGAAAACAUGAAAUUGUGUGGGUGACCCCAAACUUUUGAGUGAUCGAACCAAAAGUUUGGACACAUCUUCUUAUUCAAUGGUUUUUAUUUAAUUAUUUUAAACUUUGUAGAUUAAUACUGAUGAAAGAUUACACAUGGAAUUAUCUUGUAAACAAAAAAGUGUUAAUCUUCAAUAUUAAUCUACAAUAUUGAAAAUAAUGCAAAUAAAUAAAAACCAUAGAAUGAGGUGUGCCCAAUUUUUUGAACGGUAGUGUGUAUAUAUAAAUAUUUAUAUAUAUAUAUAGUCUAUAAAUAGUCUAUCAAGUAUUGUACCACCAAAUCAUUAAUUAAAAUACCUUAUUUGCUUCUAUUCAUAGCCCUUAAUUUUAUAGUUUACUAACCCCUAGUGUCUAAGAUAAUCAACAUGAUGAAACUCAAGAUGUGCCUCAAAUUUACAGUAACUUUAAAUAUAAUGCUUCUGUCAGACUAUAGCGAUUGAAUAAUCGUAACAAAAAAGGUAUUUAGUCCUGUACUUUCGGCUUCUAUCUACAUAUUACUGCAGUUGUCAUGUUCUUUACUCUGCUCUUGUUUGGAAUGAAGCUGUAGAGUUGCAUAAUAAACCGACAACAAUCUUU